GCAAUUGUGAGUAUACAUCAGACACACUGUACUUAUUUGAAAUCAGUACAGUAAGAAUUACCUUGGAGAUGAAAGGGGCACAGACAACGCUGCGAUCCUUGAUCUGUUGAAAUAAGCAUUACCUGAAAAACACAACGAAAGCCUAUAACGUGGUCUUGGGCACUAUUCCAGAUUGAUAUACAUACUAUCUGCAACUUUCAGACGUCCAACAUUUUAAAUUGACCUCAUGACCGGCAUUAUUGAUCAAAGCCCUGCCAAUGGGACUGGCGUCCAUCACAGUGGUGAUCCCUUACUUGUAUACGCCGUUUCUGCGUCAAGGGGACAUGACUGGGAGGGACACUAUGAAUGUGGGAAAAGAAUGACGUCCAUCCUGGAUGCUCUUGCAUCACACGGUCUCACACCAGCCAAGCAUUCCCAUGAGAUCGUGGAGCUGCAGGGCAUCAAUCCAGCGAGUGAGACGGAUUUGGAAUUGGUCCAUACAACCGAGCACAUCACCAAAAUGCGGCAGAAGGCGCUUGAAGAGGCUCCCUGCGUUGUGGCUGACUUUGAGGAGCCAGCAGAUAACGUCACAUACAUGACCAAGACAUCUUAUGAGGAUGCCCUCAAGGGCAUUGGGAUUGCUGUUACAUUGGUGGAUCAAGUGGCAGCUGCAGGCAAAGAUGGCAAGGGGACGAAGGGCUUCGGCCUGAUCAGGCCGCCUGGGCACCAUGCAACCACUGAUGCGCCCAUUGGCUUCUGCCUCUUCAAUAACGUGGCCAUAGCGGCCCGCCACGCGCAGGAGCGGUGUGGGUUGAAGAAGGUAUUAAUUGUGGACUUUGAUGUGCACCACGGGAAUGGCACUCAAGACAUCUUCUAUGAGGACCCAUCUGUGCUCUUCAUUGAUGUCCACCAGCUGGAUGUCUGGCCUGGCAGCGGCCAGGUUGAUGAGACAGGCAAGGGCGCGGGCCAGAAAGGUACCAUCAACGUGCCCCUCCCAAUUGCAUCUGGUGACGAGGUGGCUGGCAACUGCCUCAAACGCAUCAUUGCCCCUGCCGCUCGCCGCUUUGCUCCCGACAUCAUUCUGAUCAGUGCAGGCUUCGAUGCUCACUGGAGAGAUCCACUGGAGCAGCUGAACUUCCAGUCGGCCACCUAUCACAAGCUGGUGUCUGGUAUCCGAGACUUGGCCGACGAGCUCUGUGGUGGGAGACUGGUGGUGUUGCUGGAGGGCGGCUACAGCAUGCAGGGCCUGUCGGAGGGCGUCUGCGAGACGUUCCAGGCGCUGCUCAAGCGACCGCCGCUGCACCCGCACGACGCAGACGUCCCCUCAGAGCCGCUGCAGGCUGCGCAACUCGCCCUCGACGAUGUCGUGUCUCUGCACGGCUUGGCUGCAUAGCGCGGCUGCACUGUACAGUAUAAUAAUGUGUUUUACCUGUCAUUGUCCGCGUUAGGGGGGCCCAAAUUGAAUACUGUACUCUGGCUUAAAAUUCCCUGCUAUCUUGUGUGUGUAAGAUGCUGCAGACAAUGAAGUGCUGGGCAUGACAUAGCCGCCAACUUUCUGGCAGACAUUGUCUGGGUCGUCUGACUGGAUGCUGAUGUCAUCUGGGGUCUCAACACAAGGCUGGUGUGUCAAGCAUGAGCUUUUGUAUGCAGCCAUGUAAAGGCAUGGGAACUGAGAGGUGACUUGGCAGUAUGUGCAGUAUGUAUGGAGUUUGUAUUGAUGGACUGCAGUGCGACAUGGAGGCUUUAUCCGAGGACCAUAAGGAUAUCCAUCGAUGUAGAACAAGUGAGGUAUAUAUUAGAGUUUUCAUUCAGAUGGUAUUGUACUGUGCUGAUCUACUCUUAUCAUGUUUGAGUGUGUUCUGUGGCUCUAGAGAUAAUUGAGAAACCAACGCUAUCCACUGAUACAUGUGCCAAUGCAAGCAUUAUUUCUGCACACUGAAACUCUUGCAACUUGG